AUGGAAGAAUUAUCUGCACAUUUAGAACGAGAAAUUAGAGAAGCAAAUUUUGAUAGAGCCAAGCCACCUCUGAUAGGCUCCUCAUAUACCAAGUGGAGGGAAUCCCUUUGGAAAAGCAACUCAAUUGAUCCUUUGACAUUUGUUCAAGUUGUAGACUCAGAAAUGAUGCCUCAAUUUUUGAAAAAAGUUACUGAAAGGUAUUAUUUGGACUAUAUCAGAAGCAAUUUAGACAUUGACUUAGAAGAAGAAGCCAUAAAAUCAGCAGAGUAUAAAACUGAUAUAUCAGAACUAGCUGCCGUCUUAGCUCGGUGGAGCACAGAAGUCGAGCUUGCAGUUGAUAUUAUAGAAAGAGCCAAGCUCUACAAUUUAUAUCAAAUCCCAGAAGGCCUGCAGAACAUUUAUUCGGAGCUUCAAGCUGAGUGGGGGAAAAAGCAUGAGCCUUUCAGUGAUAAAGUUUAUCGCUUUUUUUUAAAAGUUCUGAGCUAUGGAGCUGGACGAAUUUCAAAUUCAGUUAAGCAUUCAAUUACUGGGAUUAUUUCAGCAAACCUGGUAAAUUCAAAAGGACAAAUUUUAUCUGGAAUUAUUUACGCUUAUUUUAGUGGCUGCUUUCCUUGGCCUAUUUUAGCCCUUUUAGGAACGCAGCUGAGCUGGAUGCUGUCUGCAUGGAUGGUGACAAGAAUUGGAAAUAGAAUCAGCCAUAGAUUGACGUCAGCUCAAAUCAUGUACCAUAUCAAUGAACUUAAAAACCAUUUUGAAGUGAUGCUUGGAGAUCUAAUGCAAAGAAACGAAGAAAGCAAAAAUCUGAUUGCAAACUGUUUCAUAGCUCAAACUGUCAGUGAUAAAGAAAAGGCUCAAAUAGAGCUUAGUGAACAUUUAAAUGAGGUCCUCGUUCAUAAAACUCAGCCAGGAGCAGUUUUUCAGCAGGAAUUUGAUGAAGACCAAUAUAUUGCAGAUUCAGCUACUUUUGAAGAGGACGGAGAUUGGAUAAAAAUAGAAUUGCCGAAAUUCGAAAUUCAAGAAGGCGAGGAUGCUUGGGUCACUAUAGAAGAAAAAAAUGAAUAA